GGGCCCAUGACGAGUUCAUCCGGCUCUGGGAGCAGGGCGUGCCCUCGGGAGCUUCGCGUGCAGAAGCGCGAUACACGCCCAACCACCCUUCAGUGCGAACUCACAGCUCGUGGGCCGAGCGCGAGUGGAGCAGGCUCGAGGAAUUGGGCAAAGUGUCUUUUUUCCUUCCAGGGGCGCCACGGCCGCCGUCCCUCAACGUUAACCCUUGCGGGUUGCUGCUGAAAGAGCGCGCAGGUUCAACCCCAGAGAUUCCAGAACAGGAUCGAUGGAAGGCUCGGCUGAUAUUGGAUUUGCGAGUGGGCCGGGUCAACGAACGUGUACCGCAUGUCGGGGUUUCGUGCGGAACAGUCGGCAUGGCUAUCAGCCGCAUGCACCGAGGCGUUUUUUUGUACGUCGUAGAUCUCCAAGACUGCUUCUUUAAUUGGCGGGUGUGCGACGCUGAUUCUUACCUCCUCGGGUUCUACUCACACGAGAGGCGGCAGUUCGGACGAUACCGGUUUCUCCCUUUCGGCCUGUCGCUGGCCCCGGGGUUCAAUGACCGAUCCAUCAAAGAACUCUUGCGCGUCUUGGUACAGAGGAGCGGCGUGCAGUUGCUCGACUUCGUGGACGAUCUACUCGGGGUGGAGCGGUGUUGCUCUUCGGCCUGGACAGCGCUUGAUCGAACGCUGGGCUUUUUCCUCACAGCGGGCGUCCCUGUGAGCGCGAAGCCCACUGGCAUCAGAGCGGGCCAGAUCCGCGUCGUGGAGACAGACGCCGCCGCGUCCGAAUGUUGGUCCUACCACCUCUGCCACUCCACGCGGGUUGUCUCAGGCACAUGGCCUGACAACUUCUCUGAUUUUGAAGUUUUAUCGGAGCCCGCCGACAUCAAUUACAGGCAGCUGUGGGUCGCGUGCCAGUGUCUGGAGGACAACCUUGACGAAUUCCGUGGCUGGCGCAUCCUGUUCAGGGUGGACAACAAGGCGGCUGAACGUUGCGUCGAUGUCCGCUACGGCGCCGCCCCACGGCUCGAACGGUUCGCAGAACGACUUGAACGGGCAGAGCGGGCAGCUUCCUGUUGGGCCUUGGCGCUCCACUUGAGCGGCGCGGCCAAUCGGACAGCAGACGUCGGCUCUAGGGAUCCUCUGUUCGCCUCGCGCUGGAAUUCUGAUGCCUUCCGCGAGGCAUCGAUUCGCGCGCCAAUUCUGGCAGACGUCGUUGCGCGGUGCGCCUGCUCGUUCACGCUGGACCUGUUCGCAGGCCGGGGCGGCCGGAAUUCCACGGCCAUGGGCGAGGAGGCCGUCAAGAAUUCGAUUGCCACUGCAAUCGAGAAGGCCGGCAUGCCGGGAGGCAAAGUCUACCGGGCGAUCGUCGACUCCUUCGUCGCGGGGCGGGCGGGGGCCCAGGCCGUCGACGUGUCUGCCGCGAGCGCUUCCACCCGGGCGGUCUCGCAGGCCCUCUUGCCCGCGGGAGAGAUCGCGGCCGCCUUCUCGAAGGAGUUCGACCAGAGGGCGGGCGCGGCGUACCCGUGCAGGGCCAAGCUCCGCUCCCUCACCGCGGCUCAGUGGUCGGCGGCCUGGAGGGGCCUCGUCGUGGAUGCGGGCGCGGCAACCCAGGCUGCGGACGCGGUCGCAAAAGACCCGGCCAUGGCAAACGCCCUUGCCCUGCAGGCGGCGCGCCCGCAGAACCCAGAGCUUCUCGCUUUGAAGAACGCGGCCGCGUUGAAGUACGCGGCCAAGUUGAAGUGGAAGCCCAUUUGCUUGCCCAGCUUCGGGGGGGGAUCCGACCGCCUACAGGUGUUUCUACAGGAGAGGGCUGACUCGCCGGACAGCGCGGUCAAAGCGUUGGCCCGUUCCCUUCUCCAUUUGUAUUCACUUUUGGAGAAGCGGCGCACGGUCGCGCAGGCUGCAAAGAGGGACGGGCCAGCGAAAGCAGCUGAGCAGCGGGCGGAGUUGAUGGGCCUUGUCUACUUCGCCAUCAAGUCGCACAAGACGAGGACCACCAAGGCGUCCGCCAAUUCGCCGCUGGACACGGAGAUCCUGGUCAAGGACUUCGGGGUCGACGUCCUGCUGGGCGAGGCAGCUCUCGUGGCGCGCGGCGCCCCGCAGAAGCGCCCCGCGGCCGCGGACGGGGGCUCGGGGUCGGGCGGCCCUUCGCCCAAAACCGCCUGGGCGGUCGAGCCGGGGCGGCAGCCGCUCCAGACCGGCCAGCCGGCGCAGGCCGCUCUGGGCGGGGGGGGCUCCAGCCGGACCACCAAGAAGCAGCUGGUCAGCAAACUCACUGCGGAGCUAGAGAAGCUGGCCUCGCACGCGUCCCCGGCGCGCAUCCAGGCCUGGAUGGGCGAGAAGUUCAAGCUCGACGACGUGCGCCGGCAGGCGAUGAUGGAGGUCGCGCGCGUGAUGUGCCGGAAUUGCCUCCUGAGCAAAAAGGGGGCAGUGAGGCACUCGUUGAAGGAGUGCCGCGACGCCGGCAAUCCGUGCUUCAUCCCGUGCACGAAGUGCACGAAGGACCGGCGCAGGGCGGCGGGCAAUGGCGGCUUGCUGGCGCCGCCAGAGACCCGGGCCAAGGCGCAGGGCCCCGAAGGCCGCGCUCUGCUGGCGCACAGGGGCGUUCGUGCCCCGGCGCUCGCACAGGGAGGGCAGCCGCCGCUGCGGCGCGGCGAUUCCGGCCCAGCUCCUGAGCUUCGGCCAGCAGCGUCGGGCGCGGUGGCGUCGCAGGACGCGCCUGGGGGCAGGGGGCUCAAGGGGCCGGCCGCCUUAUUGGCUCUGCUCACCACCGCGGCAGGCCGGCCGCUAGAGCUCGACGCCAGGGCGAAUGCUGCCGCGGCUAUCCGACAGUGUUCUGCCGCAGCCUGGGAACAGUCGACUCGCGACCGCUACGGCGCGAUCCUGCGAGGCGCUGUGAGCGCCGUGGAGGCGGACGCGGCGUUGCAGCUUCUCCCUGCAGACGUUGACGUGAAGGUCAUGGCGCUGUUCGCGGGUCUGGUGGGGCGCCCAUGGACGACAGUCGCCGCCGCGAAGGCGGCGGUGCGCGGGUGGCAUGUCGAACGCGACUGCGCGCGCUUGUUCGAGGCCUCGUGGACGCCGCGGGCCAUGCACCUUUGGCUCGGCUUAAAGAAGUUGGCUGAUCAUGCGGGCAGCAGGGCCAAGCGACCCUUGAGCGUGCAGGAGCUGACGUUGUACCAGCGGACCCGGCUGGCCACUGGAACCCCUUCGGGCCUGCGGGAUGCCGCCCUAGCUGGCGUGGCCUUUUUCUGUAUCCGUCGUCGGGCAGAGGUGCUGGCGUUCGAGCUCCGUGACCUGGUCGACGCGGAUGGUUGCAUGCAGCUGCGCGUCCGCAGGCAGAAGAACGACCCGUUCGGCCAAGGGAUGUUGUGCUGGUUGCCAGCGCUUUCUGUGAUGGGAGCUUUGUGUCCGCCCUUGCUUGCGCGGCGGUGGCUCGCGCAGCGCAGCGCUACCUGCGGCAUGGCGCCCGAAGUUCCAUUGUUCUGCGUCACCGGCGGCGCGGACCUUCGCCCAGUGUCAUGCCAGACGCAUCGGUGCCCGCUGGCAGCGUAUUGCAGCGCGCAGGCUGCAUUCGGCACUGGCCUGCGGCGCAAACGCCCGGACGGGUGGCUGGGCGGGGGCCCGCCGUCGACGCUUCGCGUG